GACACAACGAUCAAGUGAAGGCAUGUCCGCAUUUGUUUAAUCACAGUGGAAUCUCACAGCAACUCUCCACCAUCAUCAUCAUCACCAUUUGCUCCUCUGCAACAUUCGCUGUCGCCCAACCUCCAUCGAUUCCACCACCACCUCUCUUCUUAUAUAAGCUCCAUCCACCUCUCUAUCUCUCUACACAGUCGCUCUGCACAUUCUCCUCGACUUGAGCUUCCGUAGAAGAGCAAAGAACUCGCAUACGAAGAUGGAUUUGGCCGGUUUCAAGGUGUCGAUCCUCCUCGCCCUCCUGGCGACCGCCUGCAUGGCGCAGUCCCCGGCCCCGUCGCCCACCGCCACGCCCCCGACAACCGCCGCGCCGACCCCGGUCUCGACCCCGCCGGCUCCGACCCCGGCGCCCAAGGCCGCCCCGGUGCCUUCCCCGGCCACCCCGUCCCCGACCCCGGCCGCGGCCCCGUCGCCGACCAAGACCCCGACUCCGUCCCCGUCUCCUUCGCUCUCUCCCAAGAAUUCCCCGUCCCCGUCCCCGUCUCCGUCGGCCUCGUCCCCACCCGCCCCGCCCACGGCGGUCGAGGUGCCCGCGACUGCCCCCACCACCGGAGGCAACAGCGCCGGAGCCUCGACCGUCGCCAGCGCCGCCACCGUCCUCACCGGAAUUCUCUUCGCCUACAUGCUGGCGUAAGAGAAAGAACUGCUUAGCCACCUUGCCUAAACUUCGUUCAUCGCAGGGUGAAACUGAAGUUUAGGCAAGAAUUUACCGUCGUUAUAAAAUUUUUCCAAUUCUUUUUUCACGUCACACUUCUUUUUCUUUUGGUCAGCGUCUCUUUGUAUUUUCGGGCUCGGGGUUUGACUUUAGGGUUUGGAGCUUCACGAGCGAUUCAUUUCGAUUCUUGAUUUGACGAUUGUGAUUCGUUUUGGUAUGGUGUUGGCACGUGUAAUCAUCCACUUGUAGAUGAGUCCCAUUUUAUGUAAAUCUUUAUAUUUAUUGAUGAAAUAAAGAGGUUCGUGAUCAUAUUCUUUUCA